AUGUCGCAAAUCAUCAUUCUUGGUGACGGCAUCCUGGGACUCUCUACGGCGUACUUUCUAUCGCUGAACCCACAAGCGGAUAAGCAGAUCACCGUGAUCGAUUCCGCAUCCUGUCUCUUUCACGGUGCCUCUGGAGCUGCCACGGUAAUUCUGGCCAAUAACUGGUUUGAGGAGCCUCUGCAGACACUAGCUCAAUAUUCAUGGAACUUACACCGCGAAUUUGCCACCGAGCACGAUGAGCGAGCGAAAUGGGACUAUUCUGGUACUAUCCGGUAUGAUGUUCACAAAGACCGCAUGACGGACGAGCGUUCCCGCGCCAGAAAUCAGGAACAGCUGGCGCAAAAUGUGCUGUCCAGGACAUUUUCCGACGUCUCUGCAACUACUGAAUCGCAAACGUCACAAGUAGACCCUCUAAAGCUGUCCGAGUUUCUUUAUCAACGGUGCAAAGACCAAGGCGUUCGGUUCCGACUCAACGCCAUGACCACUUCCAUUAGUAGAGAUGGCUCCGGCGAGAUUGAUGGCAUCGAAGUCGAGCCGAGCGAUGCCGCCGGCUGCCAGAGAGAGAAGCUAGCAGCUACACAGGUUGUGAUCGCUGCCGGGGCUUGGAGCCUUGGACUUUUUGAAGCUCUCUUCCCGGACGCUUCACUUGAUAUUCCGCUGUGGAACACGGAAUCAGGCAACUCCCUUCUUAUUGAUACUCCAGGCUGGAACCAAGACGACGAUCUGAAAGACUGCCAGUCUUGCGUCUUCAACGACUAUCUCGGUUUCUCAUUCGACAUGAUGGCUACUAUAUCCCUGCGUAAAUAUGACUAG